GAGAUUUCUUGAUACUUGAUUAAUUAUGUAUUAGAUUUACUACUGUAGUUAGUAGAUUUAACCAAAUUUGCCAAAUAUUAUCGAUAUAUUAUAUUAUAGAGAGCUAUCUUACUUACAGUAUUACGGAAUUGCGUUGACGUAGAGUUAAUGUGGAUUAAGUCUAAAUGAAUGAAUUGAAUGAAUAGAUGAUUAUGGAGUAUGUAUUCAAUACAAUAUUAAACUCAAUUUCCAAUGCAUGCAACAGUGGGUGACAUCCGUUGAUUUAGUAGCCAAUAGUGAGGCCAAUGAGAAUGUGGUCAUUAAGAAUACCAAUGAGUGGACCACUCAGGAGAAAGAAGUGGUCGAUGGGGUGACCGACGUAUUGGACGGCAAUAAAGUGGAUGCCGUGGUGUGUGUGGCCGGCGGGUGGGCCGGAGGUUCCUCUUCAUCCGAAGAUUUUGUCAAGAAUACAGAUCUGAUGAUCAAACAGAGUCUCUGGAGUUCUGUAAUCUCAGCCAAAUUGGCCUCAAAUUUCUUGAGCGAAGGCGGACUCUUGGCACUGACCGGAGCCAAAGCCGCACUCGACGCCACUCCAGGAAUGAUUGGCUAUGGGUUAGCAAAAGCAUCGGUUCAUCACUUAGUGAAGAGUUUAAGUGAUAAGAAGGGCGGCCUUCCAAAGAGCUCAACCGUAUUGGCCAUUCUUCCGGUCACUUUUGACACUCCAAUGAACCGCAAGUUUAUGCCGGGUGGAGACACCUCUAAGUGGACGCCAUUAGAAUUUGCGGCCGAAUUGAUGUGGAAAUGGGCCGACAAUUCAGACAAUAGACCCAAAACGGGAACAUUAGUCGCGUUGGUCACCAACGAUGGACAGACAGAACUUGUGGUCGAUUCCGAGAAAUAACUCUUUGAUUCCUAUAAUUACUGCAUUUCAACGAAUUUGUUGUUUAUUGUUAACAUUCCGCUCAAUGUUUACUACUUUAGGAUUUUAUUUUGGAAUAGUUUGCAUGAAUUUAUCACAAAUUGUUAAAUGGUA